UUGUUGGUUUCUUCCCCGCUCUCCGCAAUUCUUCCCAAUUCCAAAGACCUGUCUCAGACACACAGAUAUUUUCCGAGAAAAAUUUUUCCGAUUGAAGAACAUGGAGUCUUGCCCUGCCAUAAAGAGCAUUCUCCUUUUGGAUUCAGAAGGGAAACGUGUGGCUGUCAAGUACUAUUCAGAUGACUGGCCAACAAAUAGUGCUAAGGAAGCCUUUGAGAAAGCUGUAUUUGCCAAGACCCAGAAGACAAAUGCUCGCACUGAAGCAGAAAUAACAAUGUUUGAGAACUACGUUGUAGUUUACAAGUUUGUUCAAGACCUUCACUUUUUUGUUACUGGGGGUGAAAAUGAAAAUGAGAUAAUCUUGGCCACAGUUCUUCAAGGAUUUUUUGAUGCAGUUGGCCUGCUUCUCAGAGGCAGUGUGGAUAAGAAAGAGGCACUGGAGAACUUGGAUCUUAUCUUGUUAUGCCUUGAUGAAAUUGUUGAUGGCGGCAUCAUUCUUGAAACUGAUGCAAAUGUCAUUGCGGGAAAGGUUGCCAGUCAUAGCAUUGAUGCCGGAGCUCCUUUAUCUGAGCAGACAAUAAUUGGAAGAGACCUAGAGCAGAACGGGAAGAAGAAGGACGUGGAUACCCCGUCACUGCCCCGGGUUCUUAGAUGGGAAGAUGUUCCCGUUCCUGAACCAAAAGAACAUGAAUUGAAGAUUAGAGUCCACGCAGUGAUCUUAACUCCUUACGACAUCAGUGUAAGGAAGGGAGAAGGAGCGGUGCGUGGCCUUCCCUUAACACCGGGAUGGGAUGCCGUGGGGGAGGUUGUUGCAGUCGGACCUGGAGUAACAACUCCGAAGGUGGGGGAGAUGGUAGCACACAUUGGAGACCCACAAUCUGAAAUAGGCACUUAUGCAGAGGAGUUUAUUCUGCCAGCUAGCAGUGCUAUUCCCAUUCCAGAAGAGUUGUCUUAUCAUACUGCGCGCUACAUAGCAUCUGUUUUAAGGCCUGCCACACCCAAUCACCUUGUUCUCAACCCCGCUCACUCUAGCCUUCCCUCUCCUCUUCUUCUUCUUCCUCAACCAAACACUCACCGCCAUUCUCAUUCCCUGCCGAGGUGGAGAAUAAGUGAAGAAGGAGAUACGGUGAGAGUGCCGGUCAUUACUCAAAGUGAAAAGAUCACCUCCGGUUCUGGGUUUCUUCUAUGGUGGAUUUGAGUUGAAUCUGAAUCCGAUUGAGAUCCAUCGGAAAACUGGCGGAACCGGAAGGAUGGGGGAGAGAAUAAAUGUGUUUGGCAAGAGAAAACUUUUACAUUUGCAAUAUAAUUCAGUAAGAGAGACAGAGUUCCAUUCUCUCCUUCUGCAACUCCCAUGCUUGAGGAAUUGUACCUUUUUGGCUGCCCUAACCUUAGAAGAAAAAAGAUUUCAGGUU